UUAUUAGUUUUUUAUCCUUAUAAUUUUCGAAAUAAACAAGAGUUUGUCAAUAAAAAAAACUUUACUUACGAAAUGUAAAUGUAUAAAGUCGGGACUGGGCUAACGUGCGCCGACCUUGUCUUGUCCAUUGCACUGGAUGCCAUGGCCGCGAGAGACCACGCUCUCUCCCACCAACACCAGACGAAGAAAGUCCCUCUCUUCCCCUUUCUCUCUCUCCUCUGCUUUAUCUCCGUCUUCUUCGUUCUCUCUCUCAUCAGAAAGACUUCCAUUCCUUCACAGUCUCCUCAGAGCAUCCAAUUUCAGAGCAUCGACGGAGAAACGACAUCCAACCAAUUCCACAAAGCCGAAGCGUCCGACCAGCCGGGGAUUCCGACCGGUUCUUGCGACUACUCCGACGGAACGUGGAUCUACGACCCGAGCGCCGGAUCGGCAAGGUACGACAACACUUGCAAGGAGAUCUUCAAGGGCUGGAACUGCAUCUCUGGCGACAAAUCCAACGCUCGCGAUCUCAUCAAGUGGCGGUGGAAACCCACGCAAUGUGAACUCCCGCCGUUUGAUCCGAUCAGCUUCCUUCGCACUUACAGGGACACCAGCAUUGGGUUUAUUGGCGAUUCCUUGAACAGGAAUAUGUUUGUUUCCCUUUUCUGCUCUCUAAAAAGCGUGUCGAGUGAAGUGAAGAAGUGGAGGCCCGUGGGUGCUGAUCGUGGGUUUACAUUUCUCCGCUAUAAUCUUACCGUUGCAUAUCAUCGAACCAACCUUUUGGCGCGAUAUGGUAGGUGGUCGGCCAAUGCCAAUGGCAGUGUGUUGGAAGCUCUUGGGUAUAAAGAAGGUUACAGAGUAGACGUUGACAUUCCAGAAGGAACAUGGGCAAAUGCUCCGAGCUUUCAUGACAUUCUAAUUUUCAACACAGGACACUGGUGGUGGGCUCCUUCAAAAUUUGACCCUGUUAAGUCACCAAUGCUUUUCUUUGAAAAUGGUCAGCCUGUGAUUCCUCCAGUCUCUCCUGAUGCGGGCCUUGAUAUGGUUUUGAAGCACAUGGUAAAGUACGUUGCAAAGAAUAUGCGACCAGGUGCCAUCAAAUUCUUUCGGACACAAUCGCCUAGGCAUUUUGAAGGAGGUGAUUGGGACCAAGGUGGUACUUGUCCACGGCUGAAGCCUUUGUCGGCUGAGCAGGUUGAAGAACUCUUCUCACUGCAGAAUAAUGGAACCAAUGUGGAGACUCGCCUGGUAAAUCAGCACCUAUUCAAGGCUCUUAAAAGGUCUAAUUUUCAUAUUUUGGACAUAAGUCACUUGAGUGAGUUCAGAGCAGAUGCCCAUCCAUCUACAGCUGGAGGAAAAAAGCACGACGAUUGUAUGCACUGGUGCUUACCAGGAAUUACUGAUACUUGGAAUGACUUGUUUGUAAAGCAGCUAAAUAACAUCAAGCUUAGAACCUGAAACACAUGUUAUAUUCAUCUCCAAAAUUUGCCCUCGCUUAGGUUUAUUGCUGCAGAUGUGUACAUCAUCACCAUAGGGGAAUCUGAUGUUAAAUGGAAGUAGGUUUAGUCGCAAUUUUGAUACAUCAAUCAACUAAGACGGUCCAUCCCUUCUUGUCCUUGGUAUGUCCUGUUUGAGUUCCAAUUAGGAUUGCUUGCGGGUUCGGGGAAGCUGAUUCUCCUUCUGGCUUGUACUCAAUCCUACAUUGACUCGCGCUUGAAGGCAACCAGUCAAAGGCGCAAGAAAUGGGUCACUUUCUAUAAAUCAUAAAACUGUUAGCAUAUCUUUGUGGCAUUGCUGCGCAACUUUUAUCCUGAGGACUGGUGCUAGUAACAGGUUUGAGACCGAGUACGGCUGCAGCUUCUAUGCAGAAAACGUCAUCGCCGCUUCAAGCAAAUCAUCCGCUGGAGUAACAUGUUCCUCAACCUGAUCAAGAUGUGUGACUUCUAUUUUUUUUUUUUGGGUGAACUCGACAUAUUGUCAAAGUUUGUUGUAUGAUUUUUGUAAUUCAUCUCUUAUAUUUUUGCUGUAAUGAUUUACUUUCCCUCUCUAGCGAAAUGUAAAUUGAAAAAAAAAAAGAGGGGGGAAAGUCAAGCAGUGAAUGCUAGUUAGUUAUGAGUUAUGACUUAAUAAUCUGUCUUCGCAAUAUGGAUUUCUUUCUAGUUAUGAUUAAUCUGUACUCCUGAUAGAUUAGAUGCAAUUUAAUCACUUGUGUAAACAAGAUAAGAUGAAAUUUCA